AGAAGAAGAAGAAGAGAAAAGUCCGGGUCACGUGACUGGGUCGAGCAUCUUUUUUUUGGUCCAUCUUGGAUACCAGCAGGAGCCCGGUGCAUCCCAAGAAAAUGACCAAGCUGCAGUUUUUGAACGUCUUCCUGACUGAGCGCCUCAUGCUAGCUGCGCAGGAGAUCUACAAGUCAGUGGAGGACACGAUCCUGGAGUACCAGGAGGAGAUAGCGAUCCGGGAGCGGGAGAACGACCAUCUGAGGCGCAGGCUGCGGGACGCUGGGAUUGAAAUAUGGCCAGAUCGUCCAUCCAUGGCGCUGCUGGAGGAAGAGGAUGGUGAGCAUCCACGACGCGAGUGGAGUCCCAGCAUGGGGCACGAGGAGCGUAUUCCAAUUCAGAUCAAGGAUAAAAGAGAUCUCCGGGCCAACCCAGGAGAGGAGCAGCUUCGGGGGCACGGCUCUUGCAGCACACCGGAGAACAUGUUCACUCCUCCACGUGUUGGAAAUGAAUAUCCCCAGGAAGGCCCCCACACAUCCAACCUCCCUCAGAGUCAGGGUGUGGAGAACAGAGAGCGGGAUCCCGGCUCCCGGGGCCCCUCCAGGCAUGUGAAGGCGGAGAGCGGAGGAGGCCACAGAGGCUCGACUUCCUCCAACAGCGGUGCCCAGCCUCUGGCACCGGUCAACCCAAACUGCUCAAAUGAGAACAACAUUGAUAUUAUUGGCGUGGACAAUGGAGGACAGAUGGUUGGUGCUAAGGGAGCUGGAACUGGAGCUAGCAGAGCACCGGCCUCUCACAUGCGCAACCAAGCAGCCAAUGCUGUGGAAUGCCCCAAUCAGAAAUCCCCACUACAAGCACACAUGUCAUCUUUCUGCUGCAAGGUUUGCGGUGAGGCAUUUAGUCACGUUGGCCACUUGCACGUGCACGUACAAGUGCACACACGGGAAAAACCAUACCGCUGUGGUGUAUGUGGGAAAUGCUGCAGCUCGUCUGGUCGACUCCAGGAGCACCAGCGGAGCCACACAGGAGAAAAACCAUUCCGGUGCCAGAUCUGUGGGAAGGGCUUCACGCAGAUGGCUCACCUGAAGGUCCACAUGAGGAUCCAUACCGGGGAGAAGCCAUACAGCUGCCCCGUGUGCGGCAAGUGCUUCAGCCGCUCUGACAAAAUCAAAAGGCAUCUCCAGACCCAUAGCCGCGAGGGAACAUAUUUCUCAGGGCAAUGAUGCAAGUGUGUUAUUGGAAAAACCCAGUUUGUGAAUCAUAUUGAUGUGGGAAACUUUUCUACAAAAAAGCUAAAAUCUCUGCCACCGAAGCUUUUUUUUUUCUUCCUUGUGUCCAAGAACUAGGGAUUCUGCAACUCUUGGAGAAAGAUUGUUUUUUUAAUCUAUCCUAAUACUUCUCCACGCCAUAGUUCCUCAGUAGACUUUGUAUUAGCCAGUUUAGUACGCCAUUUACUUAAUUUUGUACGUGUCUCAGAGUAUUAAAUCUCCAAGACACAUUUCAAGUUAUUAGCUAGCCUUUUGAAUAACCUAGCCUUUCCUUAGUCUUCUAAUUAGCAUGAUGAAGUCUUCCACACAUGCCUUGAAACUGAGAUGCAUUAAGAAAUGCAACAAUGUCCAGCACAGUUAUCAACCAGUCACUUCAUCGCUACAAAGUUUCAAAUCUGCAGACUAGACAUUUACCGCAUAAACAUUAUUUUAGGACCUAAAAUUAAGAGUUAAGGUUUAUAUGAGAAAUCAUCUCCAGUUUCUAACUUAACUAGAGGAUUGGCAGGUAAAGCCUGUGUGUUAUCUGGAUUAGUCUAACACUGCCAAUAGGAGGUUGUUUUUAAUGUAGCAAUUUUAACAAACAAAAAAGAUCGUGAAACGCCCCCCCCUUAGACUUUGGACUUGUUUACAAGGAGUCUGAUCUCGCACUUGUCUCCGUCGUUACGUUUGUUUCUUUUUCUUCUCGGUGCUGUGACAUUGUUGCAGAGCUGAACACUGCCAUCUCACAUCGUCAGUGCUUCAUGUUGUCCACUGAAACGAGGACAAAUCUCUUGUGAGACUGCUCCACUAUUUUGUGAAAUAAUGUGACAUUUUGUAAAAUACCACUAGUGUCAGUCUACCAAACACUUAGGAAUAUUGUGGUGUCUUUUUUAUUUUUGAAAUGACAUGAACUAUGGCAUCUAUCCGAGACGAUGCAGACAUUCACUCUACAGUAGGGCCAUACAGUAUUAGCUGAACAUAUCUGUUGUUUUUCAGGGGUCUCAGAUUUGUCCUCCGCUGUGGUUGAUUUGAUGAUGGAAUUGGGUACUUCCUCUGCCCAUCACGGAUUGACCCCCAAACAGUAGACCCUACAGUUACCUUUCUCCUCUCAGGACUAAAGCUGCAUUCAUGACACAAGGGCAUUCCAAAUAUACUAACCUCUGACUAAAUACUGCUAUCACACAAGUCAGAAACUCAGGGUUUGGGAGUUUGUUUCCCAUUGAAUUAGUCCCUGCUUAUAAUAAAGAUGAGCAAAACAAAAUGAAACCUUCAGACUGUGUCAGAUCUCAGUUGUUGCUCAGGAUGCCAAAUCCUGGCCAAGUUCUCCAUCCGUGUGUGAUGAAUGCAGCAUGAGACGACUACAGCAUGUCCUCACAGCUGACCAGCAACCCUUCACGUCUUCUCUCGGACACCAGUUCUUCCCCAUGCACACACACUCACACACUCCACUCGACAGUGUUGUAUCAUUGCAUAUUAAAUGUUAUUUUUUAAUAAAGUAGUCAUUGAGUAUCAA